AUGUCGUCGACCAUAUCAGUCAAACCAACACGCGUCACUCUAGCUCUAAACACCCUAUGUCUUUUGACAAGCACAUGGGGGGCUAUUAGAGCUACAUCUGUCAUUUUACCCCCGUCUUUGGGUGAGGCUGGUCACAAGCAGUUUUUAACUGUUAUAUCUAUUAUCGCGACGAUUUUUAAUAAUGCAGCUAAUAUCAUUAACUAUUUUAUACAGAAUACAAGCAGAGUCGACCCGAGCUUCAAAGAAAAGUCGGACUUUUUCAGUAGACACAUUACUUUACCGGUUUCUUUGGUGAUGGAAUCUAUUGUGGCCACCGUUUAUUGGCCGUUAAGAUUGUUCUUCGUCAGCUUAAUUCUUCAUGGCGUUGAUUCUAAUGCAAAGACGCCUUUACCCGUGACAGUUGAUAUGGCAAUCCACCUAUACCCCAUCUUAUAUUUACUGGCCGAUCACUACUUAUCCAGAUCCGGCUCAAAGUUUAAGCUAUCGGAUUAUACUGCGUGGUUUAUUGUAACCAGCCUGGCAUUUUCAUAUUUUCAGUAUCUAGCUUUCCUAAUAGAUCCAAAGAAAGGCCAAGCCUAUCCGUAUCCAUUCCUAGACGUGAAAGAACCAUAUAAAUCUGUUAUUUUUAUCGCGGUUUCCACCAUCACGUGGGGUUAUUACGUGCUUUAUCAAAAAUAUCCUCCCAAAGAUACCAAGAGGUUAAUGGGCAAGGUUUAUAAAAAUUGA